AACAUAUCUACUACGUCAUGUGAUCCGUUACACAGCCAAGGAGGUCCAGUCACGCGAGCUAGGGCUAAGAAGAUGCGUGAAGCUUUAAAUGGCCUUAUUGAGCAGAUCUGGCUGAUGGACAAACAAAAGUGCAUCCAUUCAGCAACUAACUGUUCACCAUUUGAAGUUGUGUAUGGUUUUAAUCCACUCACUCCUUUAGACUUAUUGCCUUUACCUAUUGACGAACAAGCUAGUUUGGAUGGGAAAAAGAAAGCUGAAGAGGUUAGGCAACUGCAUGAAAGGGUGCGACAAAACAUAGAGCGACGAACUGAGCAGUAUGCAAAACAAGCCAACAAGGGAUGCAAGAAAGUUGUAUUCGAACCUGGAGAUUGGGUUUGGGUGCAUAUGCGCAAGGAGCGAUUCCCUGCACAAAGGCGUUCUAAGCUGCAACCAAGAGGCAAUGUACCGUUUCAAGUGAUUGCGAUGAUUAAUGACAACGCAUACAAGUUGGAGCUUCCUGGUGACGAUUUGAGGAAAAAUCCUUUUGAGGAGAGAGGGAAUGAUGGGAAUCAAGAUGAUAGCAUAUCUACUACGUCAUGUGAUCCAUUACACACCCAAGGAGGUCCAGUCACGCGAGCUAGAGCUAAGAAGAUGUGUGAAGCUUUAAAUGGCCUUAUUAAGCAGAUCUGGGUUGAAAACAACAUACAACAAGCAAAAUCAAGCUUAGAUGAUUAUCAAGGCAUGGUAAACAUCAUUCAGGUUCAAGAGAAGCUUAGUUGAGGUCAUUUGCACGGAAUUACACAGUUUGUGUCAAAAGUGCACAAUGCUGCCACAAUUUGUAGCAAACUGAUAUUUCAUGUUAUUUUAGGUUAUUUUUAGUGAUUUUCAUGUUUUUUGUAUUAUUUUUGGGCUGAACAUUUGCUUAUUUGAAGCCCAAUUCAUGGUUAUUAGGUUUAGGACUUAGGGGUGUUAGUUUCCUAUUCUGAUUAGGAUUUGUUUUCUCUAUUUAAAAGGCUUGUAACCCUAAUGGGGAGGGAGGCUAUUGAAUCUGAGAUUUUGAGAGACUUUUCUCUUUGGUUUGUUUCAAAACUUUACAGAACUUAUCAAGAUUAUUCUUGUGGCGUUCUAACCUGACUUAUCAUUCUCAUUCUUAAUCGUUCAAGGGUGUGGCGUCAACCAACUUUAUACCUUGCGUCAUAGACAAUGGGUCAAGAUUUUUACCUUUGGUUCUUGUUGCGACAUAAACAAUGGGUCAAGGUCCUAUUAUAAACCUGAUUUAGCUUUCCUGGAGUUUAGAAAUCCCUUGUCGUGCUGUGGGUCUCAUUGUUCUCUUUGGGGUUCUCAUCACCAAAGGAUUUUCAAGUAAAAUUCUAACUCAUUU